UCCCAUUUUCUUCACAACUCUCCCUUUCAACAAACCCUCCUUCCAUUUCCAUUGCUUCAAGGUCCUGUCUUUCUCAACUAACCCUAAAUUCUCCCUCAAGUACUUCUUCUAAAAACUUUACCAAAUAUAUACAUGCCUUUGAUCUUUCUCAACUCCUUUUCUAGCUUGAAUUAGGUGAUUUCUUUCAAGUCCUAUUUGGAGGAAAGCUCUCUCCAUUAAUUGUCACUCUCAAUGGCCUUUAGUGACAAGGAGAGACUAUAGUUUUUUUCUAGUUGAUGAUGUGUUUUUGAGAUAUUCGGAUAUACCUAUUUUAUUGGUUUGUUCAUCCUCGAGUUCGCAAGUCAUUAUAUGUUCUUUUAGGGUUUUUGUUUGUUUUUGUUUUCUUUUUGCACAAAUUCCAAAUCAAGGGGAAAAAGAGAUCAAAAGAGAGAUAUGUUUGUGUUCAAUAGUUGUAGUAACAACAACCAUGGUAAUGACUACUCUAUCUCUUUCCCUGACCAUUCAUUUCUUCACUUUCCUUCUCCUUUUGAUGAUGAUGGUAAUCCUACUAAUUCCCUUCUUCUUCAACAACAAUCUCAACAUGACAUUUUUCUUCAUCAUCAUAUUCCAUUGAAUGAACCAUCUCCUCCUCCUCCAUCAACUUUUGUAAAUGCUUUGAGAUCAUCAGAAACAAUCAAUAAUGAUGUUUUUCAUCAAGACCUCAUCAGUCAAAAGAAAAGAUCUUCAUCUAAGAGAGAUAGACAUAGCAAAAUCAACACUCUUCAUGGACCAAGAGAUAGAAGAAUGAGGCUCUCGUUGCCUGUGGCUAAAGAGUUUUUUGGUCUACAAGACAUGCUUGGUGUUGACAAAGCUAGCAAAACUGUCGAGUGGCUGCUCUUUCAAGCUAGACAUGCAAUCAAGAAACUCUCAAAGGAUCAACAAAGCUUCCAUAUUGACGGCAAUGGUGAUACAAGGAGUCCAUCAUCGGUUUCAGACGGGGAAGUCGUGUCAGGGAUUAUUGAUGAAACGCCGACUGUCGUCAAUAACAACGACAUCAACAGGAAAGAAUUAGAAAUAGGACGUAAAGCGACGACAAAGAAAGAGAAGAGGAGUAGGGUUGGAAGGAAAAUGGCAUUCCACCCUUUCACGAGGGAGUGCAGGGAGAAAGCCAGAGCGAGAGCAAGAGCAAGAGCAAGAGAGAAACAACUUCAAAUUGAAGGAACAAGUACAACAACAAAACUACAAGAUGUUAGCAAAAUAAGUUUAUGGAUGAGUAGUACUCAAAUGGAAAAUAAUGGAAAUGAUGAGCAAUUAAGAACAAGAAAUGAAGGAAAAAUAAUCAUAGAUCAUGAAACAACAGAUGAUUGUUUGAUGAUCAUGGGAAGGUGGAGCCCCUCCAACUCUAUUUAUUGCAAUUCACUCAAUAACAACAAUAAUGGAAGUCCCCAAGAGCAUCCAUAUGGAGAUUUUCAAUUCUUGGUAAAAUCAUGGGAGCCCUACAACAAUCAUAGCAUAUGUUAACUUCUGCUAUACAUAUAUCUUAAAGCUCAGACAGAGAUCCCUACAAAGAAUCAAUUAUAUAUACUUUCAAGUGUGCCCAAUAAUGGUAAAUUUUAUUAUAUCAUGCAUUAAUCUUCCUUUUUCUUCUAUUCUGGAGUUUGUAUGAUUACACAAAAACAUCUUUUAUGUUUUGUAAUGUCAUUUCCUUUUUCUACAAACAUUUUGUUUGUCCAACUCCUGGAAUGUGAAACACAAAUUAGAGGGAUAAAUAGAAUCUCUGUAUAUGGUGGUUUGAUAAAG